UAAAAAUAAAAUUAAGUCACCUUCUCCACCAUUUUUCUUCACAACGAAAUAUGCCCUUCAACUGAAACCGCCAUUAACAAAAGCUUCGAACAGUCAGUCAUAAUUCUCUUUUUUUUUUUAUCUUCAUAUUACCUCUUUGUAUCCAUAUUUUGGUUACUCAUCUAAAUACCGAGAAAUAAGGGAGAAAAGUACAACUUUUUGUAAAUUUUUUAAAAUAUUUUUUUAUUGGUUUUGGGUAAUAUCGAUUACAAAAUCAGUUUUUUUUUCUGUUUUUGUAAACCCAUUUUGAUCUGAAGCGUUAAUUAAUUUCUGGGUGUUGGAGAUUUCAAGCGAAUCUAUUGAUAUACUGUUGUGCAUGUAGGAAUAUUGAUUCUGGUGUGCAGCCAACUCGUGUAAAGUUCUGCAUUUCAAAUGUUGUCGUGUUUUUUUCCUUUGAAGUAUUGAAAUCGUGAUCUCAACUCUCAGAUCUGUUUAUGCAUCUGCUGUUAUAUAUGGGCUGAGAUAUAUAUUUCAUGGGAGGCGCAGAGGAUGAUGAACCACUCUCAAAACGUGUGAAAGUAUCAUUUAGAGAAUCAGCAGAUCGUUCGAACGGGACAUUUCUUAGGGAUCCUGUAAGUUCCCCAUUGAGUGACUUGAUGGUUUGUCCUCUGGAAAUUCAAGGGGACGAUGAGGUUGUUGGUAGAAAAGGAGUAGUCAAGAAAGUUGAAUUAGUUCAGAUCAUAACCGAGACGUUAUAUUCUCUUGGCUAUAAGAAGGCGGGGGCGCAACUAGAGGAAGAGUCAGGCAUACCUUUGCACCCCUCUCUAGUAAAUUUAUUUAUGCAGCAAAUCCUUGAUGGGAAAUGGGAUGAAAGUAUAGCCACAUUGCAUAAAAUUGGUCUUGUGGAUGAAAAAAUUGUGAAGUUGGCAUCUUUUAUGAUACUGGAGCAAAAGUUCUUUGAACUGUUAGACAGAGAAAAAGUCAUGGAUGCUUUGAAGACAUUGAGGACUGAAAUUGCACCUCUUUGCAUAAAUAGCGAUAGAGUCCGCAAUCUUUCAUUCUGUAUUAUAUCACCUUCACAACAGGUUGUCUCAGGGGAGUCAGGUCCAGAAAUAAUGAAAAUAAAAUUAAGGACAAAGCUACUAGAAGAAUUGCAGGGACUGUUUCCCACAACAGUCAUGCCUCCCGAAAAAAGAUUGAUCCAUCUGGUUGAACAGGGGCUUGAAUUUCAACUGGGAUCUUGUUCUCUUCACAACUCAUUAAGCAAUGACAUGUCAUUGCUCACUGAUCACCAU